GAGCUGCUUCCAAGGCUACCUGCUGCGCAGCCUUCCUCGCACAGCAGUUUUAUAGUAGCUAACUGCUCAAAACCAUUGGACUUCGGGAACCUCGGGCUACCUGAAAACCAAGGCUUUCACCUGCCUGGUUUACUCUUACACCACCAGUUUUCGUCUCUAGACUUUAGUGUUGCUGGGCUGAAACCUGAAGAGAAUCGGAAAAUGGCGGGACGCUGAUUGGCCGUAGCGCGAUGGAGGAGAACCCUGAAAGCCAGUGGUGGCUGGCCGCAAUUCACGGCGAGAGACGUGAAUUGCCGUUGGAAUAAAACCAGCUGUCCUUUCGCAUGGUCGAAUCCUAACGUCAGGGACUAACGUCAGCAAGGGACUAACGUCGGUUAGCAAUUACUUUCAUGAUUCUUCUGACGUUCCCGUGACGCUGUAAUGGCCGCUCUAACUUAUUACUCGUCACGGUCACAGAUGCCAUUGACUUAAGUCAAGCCUAAUUGCCAACUUUAGGAGCCGACUCGAAUAGUUCGCAAUUAUGGUCGCGAUAUCUCCCGCCAUUCGAUUAGCCGUGUCGCGAAUCCGGCCGUUCAGCCGUCAGAUCACUCUGGCCGUCGCGUUCCCGUUCAUCUGGAUGCUCGUCUCCUCCACGCGUCGCGACGACCUCGCCAGCAGCUUCCCCUUCUCCGGAUCGACUCAUUAUAAGCCGGUGCCUAUACCGGGGCCGAAGAUCCCCGUGACGAUCGUCAACGACACGCUUGGCGGCUUAGCGGUGUGCUUGGACGGCUCACCGCCCGGAUUCCACUUCCAGGCGGGCACAGGCGACGGCGCCAGCAAGUGGGUCAUCUUCCUGGAGGGCGGUGCCUGGUGCGAUUCUAUUCAGGAUUGCCACAAUCGCUCACUGACCAAGCUUGGCUCCUCCAAUCAGAUGCAGCCAUACAAGUUCAUCGGCAUUCUGUCUCCUGACCCUGAGAUCAACCCCGAGUUCUUCAGUUGGAACCGUGUGGUGGUGCGCUACUGUGACGGCGCCUCGUUUUCAGGAAACAAGAACUCUCCAAUUAAAGUGCCGGGCCAGAACAGCACGUUCAUCUUCUUCAGAGGCAGCCACAUCAUGCUGGCCGUUGUGAACCAUCUCCUGCAGCACCACAACCUGCGGGCGGCAUCGCAUGUCCUGUUUGGGGGAGGCUCGGCUGGUGCGCUGGCAGCCUUCCUGCACUGCGACUGGUUUGCCAAGACAAUGCUGCAGGAAUCUCAACCAGUCACCUCCCCUUCUGAUGCUGCUGCUGCUGCUGCUGAUGGCGCUGCUAGUGGUGGUGGUGCUGCUUCCUCCCCAUCGCCCUCCUCCUCAUUAUCCUCUCCCUCCUCGUUUUCACCACCGGUGGUCAAGUGCAUGGGGGAUGGCGGCAUAUUUCUGGACACCAAGGACGUGGGAGGGCAGCACGAGAUGAGGAAGCUCUUUUCAGCUGUAGUCAGAUUACAGAAUGUGUCGGUGCAUCAGGGCUGCUUGGAGCACCUCAAGAACCAAACAGCAGAGAGAUGGAAGUGCUUUUUCCCCGAGUACUUCCUCCCUCUGCUGGACACUCCACUCUUUAUCGGCAACACCCUCUAUGACUCCUGGCAGAUGAACUAUUCAUUUGCGGUGCCGGCGUCCUUUCACUCUAAAGACUGGGACCAAUGUCGGUGGUCUCUGGCGGAUUGCCCCUGGAAUCUGCUCAGAAAGUUCCACACGUACCGAGCCGAAAUGGUGAAGAAGCUCCAGCCUCUCAUGCAGGCUCGGGUCUCUGCUUCGGUGCCGAGCCUGCGGCAGGCAGGGCAGGAGCCAGGCUUGGAGCAGGCAGGGCAAGAGCCGGGCAGCGGCAGCAGAGGGUUAAAGGGAUGGAUACAAGGCGGAGAAGGAGUAAGAGGAGGAAAGGAGGCGUUAUCUGGUGAACAGGGAAGGCUGGGUUCAGUGAAGCGAUGCCCGCAUGGCUUCUUCCUCGCCUCGUGCCACAUGCACACCAUGGCUCUCUGGGCGUCAUGGCACGGACUACAAGGGCCGUUGCUAUCCGACCAAUCCAUGGCUCAGGCAGUAGCAGACUGGUUCUUUGAGCGCAAAGAAGUGAGGCUUGUGGACGAAAUCUUUGGCCACAACCCGAGUUGCCCUUCCAGCAGCCAAAGACGACAGAGUAAAGCGAAGCAAAGGUCCAAUGCUGGCUGAAUAAAUGAGGGUUACCUUCAUUUUGCACAAUAGCUGUCCACAUUUUUCUUAAUUACAGUGCAAAGUUUGGGUCUUCGUCCUCCCUGCGUUUUGGUGAACAUCCGCUUAGUGAACAGGGCCAAAAAUUGGUUUUGGGCCGCCCUUUGAAAACAGGGUCGCCCCACCAAAACACCCUGACACACAGCGCACCUAACUCUCGUAGUCUUACCUAUGUUGAACUUCGGAUGGACAGGGGCUUGGAUUACCGUAUGUUGAUGGCUUGAUGAAAUGUACAGGGCGACACGUUUGAUGUACAGUGCUU